GGGAGGUUCCCAGUUGAGAAUUUCUCUGACAGACAAAGAGAAGAAUGAUUAAGAAGCUCGUUUUUAAAACUCACAGCUCCAUUUUAUUAUAACCACAAGGAACCAACCUUGACUUAAAGAUGCCAGCUUUACUUCUCUUUGUGAUGCUGACAGCUUGUGCUGCAAGACCACAGGAUCUGUCAGGAAAGAUGUUUACGUUUCCAGAGGAAACCAACACAGCCAGAGUGAUGCUGAAUACAUCCACAGAGAAUCUGGAUGCAGUGACAGUCUGUUUGAGGUCCUUUACAGACCUCUGCAGACUCCACAGCCUUUUUUCUCUGGCCACACCGUCGACUAAUAAUGGAUUUUGGAUAGCCAAAGACACAGCUGACACUCUUUCUCUCUUUGUGGACAACAACGUACAAUAUUAUACAGGACCGGGAAAUGAGGCGAACAUGUGGCACUCUGUUUGUUCCACAUGGGACUCUGAAUCUGGGCUGGGCCAGAUGUGGCUCGAUGGGAAGGCUUCACCCCGGAAGUUUCAUGGUGGAUCGCCGAUUAGACGCCCGAUUGUUAUCCUAGGACAGGAACAGGAAAGUUAUGGAGGUAGUUUUGACAUCAAAAAGUCCUUUACUGGAAUGAUGUCUGAUGUCCACAUGUGGGAUUACGUCCUUUCUCCCUGUGCAAUCCAGAAUUACGUGGAUGAUCUGAAUUUCACUCCAGGGAAUGUGUUGAACUGGAGGGCUCUCACAUUUGAUAUUACUGGAAGGGUGCUGAUAGAAAACAAACAGCUGAUGUGCCACUAGAGCCACUUCACAACAAAAGGCCUUUCUACAAAACUCUGGCUUAAGGAAAUACAAGUUCUUCUGCUGUAAACAUAACCAGACUACUGCAUGUGAGAGAGAAAUUAAAUGAGUUUGAUUAGAGGUAAAAAUAAAAGCAUUAUCAUUUAAACUUUGUUUAAUAUACCCAAUUAAAUUCAUGCUAUUUUGUACCAAGACCUCCAUCUGUGUUUAAUGGUUCUUCCAUGCAGUUUAGCGAAGCAUAAUAUCUUUUGCUGUUGAAUUAUAUGCCUGGUCUUCAUGGGAUUUAAUUCUCAUUGUCUGCAUACGUCCAGAAAAGAGAACGGCAAUAUUUUACAGAUCCUAAGUUUAACUCUAAACCAAGCAAACAGGUAACUUCUAAAUAAAGGCCAAACCUUUAAAAGCAGAGUAAAGUUUUCAAGAUUUUUAGCUCGU